CAUCAGUUCCAGCAACUCCGUGAGCAGAUGGAGGCAGAAAUAAGCCACCUGAAGCAGGAAAACGGUAUCCUGAGAGAUGCUGUCAGUACUUCUACCAAUCAAAUGGAGAGCAAGCAGUCGGCUGAACUGAACAAACUGCGCCAGGAUUACGCGAGGCUGGUGAACGAGCUGGGGGAGAAGAGCAGUAAGCUGCAGCAAGAGGAGCUCCAGAAGAAGAAUGCGGAGCAGGCAGUGGCUCAGCUAAAGGUCCAGCAGCAGGAAGCAGAGAGAAGAUGGGAAGAAAUCCAGGCUUAUCUCAGGAAAAGAACAGCAGAACAUGAAGCAGCACAACAAGAUGUGCAGAAUAAGCUUGUGGCCAAAGACAAUGAAAUCCAGAGCUUGCACAGUAAACUUACGGAUACAAUGGUGUCAAAACAGCAGCUGGAGCAGAGGAUGUUGCAGUUAAUGGAGGCUGAGCAAAAGAGAGCUACUGCGGAGGACUCCAUGCAGAUGCAAGUGCAGGAGCUGAUAGAGCAGAAUGAUGCUUUGAAUGCUCAGCUUCAGAAGUUUCAUUCACAAAUGGCAGCCCAGACCUCAGCGUCAGUCCUGGCAGAAGAACUACACAAAGUGAUUGCAGAAAAGGACAAACAGAUAAAGCAGAUGGAGGACUCGUUAGGCAAUGAACAUGCCAACUUAACCAGCAAGGAGGAAGAGCUCAAGGUCUUGCAGAACAUGAACCUGUCCCUGAAGUCAGAGGUACAGAAGUUACAGGCUCUGACAAAUGAACAGGCUGCUGCUGCACAUGAGCUGGAAAGGAUGCAGAAAAGCAUUCACAUCAAAGAUGACAAAAUAAGAACCCUUGAAGAUCAGCUUCGAGAAGAACUUGCUCAGAUUUCAAACACAAAAGAAGAAUUCAAGGUUCUCAAGGAUCAAAACGCAGCUCUGCAAGCUGAAGUUCAGAAGCUGCAGACUCUCCUGUCUGAGCAGGUAUAGCCAGUGUUCACUGAGAUUACAAACAAAGACUUGUUAGAGCAGAUGGAAAGAAGCAUGAGAGAGAGGGAUGAUAAAAUCAAGACAGUUGAAGAGCUGCUUGAGGCAGGACUCAUACAGGUGGCUAAUAAAGAGGAGGAGCUGAAGGCUCUGCGAACGGAAAAUUCAUCCUUGAGAAAAGAACUUCAAAGUCUGCAAAUUCAGCAAUCAGAGCAGGUUUCCUUCCAGUCACUGGUGGAAGAACUCCAGAAGGUGAUCCAUGAGAAGGAUGGAAAAAUAAAAUCGGUGGAAGAACUCCUACAAGCUGAAAUCCUUAAAGUAGCAAGCAAGGAGAAGACUGUUCAGGCUUUGACACAGGAAAUAGAGGCUCUGAAAGAAGAAAUAGGAAAUUCCCAGCUUGAGAUGGAAAAACAGGUGUCGAUUACGUCACAAGUCAAAGAACUUCAGACUCUGUUGAAAGGGAAGGAAAAGCAGGUGAAAACCAUGGAGGCCUUAUUGGAAGAGAAGGAGAAAGAGAUUGUUAAGAAAGGAGAAUGUCUGCAGGGUCAGAAGGACACAAUUGCACAAUUAACGAACAAAGUUCAGGAGUUAGAACAACAGAACCUGCAACAGCUCCAGCAGGUACCUGCUGCAUCCCAAAUCCAGGAGCUGGAGAGCCUGUUGAAAGGGGAAGAAGAACAAAGGAAGAAAUUGAAAGCUGUAGUGGAGGAAAAAGAGAGAGAAAUUGCAAGCCAAGUAAAACAGUUGCAGGAUGUGCAAAAGGAAAAUGAAUCUUUUAAAGUUCAAAUUGAAGAAUUAAAGCAGGAGAAUUGCAAACAGGCAUCUCUGGCUGUCCAAAGCGAGGAGCUUCUGCAAGU